UCACUGUGUCUUUCUCUUUCUCUCUCCCUUCACUCUCCUCCCCUUCUCUCUCACUGGUAGCCUGUUCUUCCUCUAUCUCACUGGUAGCCUGUUCUUCCUCUCUCUCAUCCUCUUUGGUAGCCUGUUCUUCCUCUCUCUCAUCCUGUUUGGUAGCCUGUUCUUCUUCUCUCUCAUCCUCUCUAGCCUCUCCUAUAAAGGUGAACAUAUUUCGAUAAAAAGGGCUAUAUCUAAAUUAACAGGGGUCAAAAUGAACCAUUUAAAAAAGAACAAAUUGAAAACCCCUUAAUUUGACGAUUUAACACAGAAAAUAAUAGACUGAUCAACUUGGCUAACUCUAUCCCAAAGACUACAAAAGUUAAAAAAUCUAAGGUUUUUUUUUUGUUCCCAAAAUUGUCAAACGCCGAAACACAACCACAGAAUUCCCUUGUGCAGCUCCCAAACACAUGACGUCGGGAUGACAAGCCCAUUUAUUACGGAUAAACCAAAGUGAAAGUGAAGUUAUGGCUUUCAGAAUCAUACCACAGUAAAACUCACGCUAUUGUAUUCACUUAGAGCUCAUUAACUGCACAUUUCAUCGACCAUUUUUCACUUGACCAAGGGGAAUCAUGUCAAGGGUACUUUUAUUUAUCGCCAGACCCGCGUUUAUGUCCGCUGAACUUCCAGAGAAUGUUUGGGGAACAAGGCGGAGCCCAUUCAUCUGGCGAGUUUCAAGUUAACGGCAAUCAGAAACUAAGUUACAGGCUACCCCAAAACGUCACGUUUAUAACCCAUUCGUUACAUCCAACUCUAUCUAAAUGGCAAUUUCGCAUGUUGCCAUGCCACUGGCUUAUUUUAAACCAUGAGCCGCGUUACACAGGCUGUAAUUCAGCUGACUGGGAAUGAUUCUCAAAUCAAUUCACCCUGAUUGGAGUGCGCAGCGCGUGCCUGCCUGAAACAUUUGAUUUGGACAUGGGCCUAUUUGCGGGGUAAUGUGCAUAUUCUAAGAUUCAAUUAGAUAUAGGCGUAUGAAACACAGUGUAAUAAAGCCGUUGUGGUUAUCAAAUUAUUCAAUGCCCCCUGUCUGUCUGAUAUUGAUCUCCGUGUGACUUGCUCAUGUGGUGCUGCGCUAAUAUGUUUGACACGCCGCCUGUGCCUGUGUUACUUGACGACGGGGCUGGAAAAAGUUGGCCGUGUCUUACCUGGCUGUGCUGCACAGCUGCCUUUACUGGUACCGGCUGCAGCAUCACCUGAGUCUUUUCUGAAAUAUUUAUUAAUAUUUAUAAAGAGAUCCCCUCAGGCUUUCGGCUUCUUCCUCUCUUUUUCACCUUUCUUUUUUUUUCAGGGCUCCUGACUUGUGCAUGUUGAAUCAACUCGCGCACUGACCACUAGUGGUGGUUGAAUCUGAGUCAAUCGGAUUCAAAGAUCCGAAUCCUUACAUUCACCCAUGAGUCACGAGUCCGUGGUCUCAAUUAACCCGAAUCUUUCGGUUCUGGCUGCUACGGACGACAUUAUUAAAACAAUGCACGAAUGUCAUCAAACUGUAGGUCUAUAACAACAUUAACACUUCCGUUUUUCAUCUGCAUAGUAACUUAGAUUAAGCAUAAGGACCCGGAGCUGCCAGCUGCGUGGUUGAAUAAGAACUUCCUGUAGACAGAGCUGUACACAGAUCCAGAUCCAUAGACUGAGCGAAUUCAUGGGUCGGAUUCGUAUCCGGUUGAGUGAAAAACGAACUCAAAGGAUUCAGAUGAAAUGGGUCUGACUCGUAUCCGGCUGGGUGAAAGACUAACUCAAAGGACUCAGUUGAAAUGGGUCGGACUCGUAUCCGUUUGAGUGAAAGACUAACUUAAAUUACUCAUAUUGAAUGGGUCGGACUCAUAUCCUGUUGAGUGAAAGACCAACUCAACGGACUCAUACUAAAUGGGUCGGGCUCGUACUGAAUGUAAAUCGUUAAACUCUUUUGUUACAAAGGCAUUAUUUUACGAGAGAUUGUAUUCUAAAAUGAAAGUAGCUUAUUAAAAAUAAAGUUGUUGGCUGACUAUGUGAACUCUCAGAAUAUUUCUGUGUUUGACGAGCUUCGAAGAGAAAAAAAAUUAAUCCAUACGUUUUUUUCCUAAUUCAGAUAGCAGUCACGUUGGCGACAUCUCCGAUGUUUGCAAUGCAUCCUUUUUAAUAUUCAAAUAUGUUCGCGUAUUUCCCCUGGAUAUCCUCAAAACUGCAUUACAGUGGUUUGCUGUGAGCGUGCGCAUUAGGCACUAGGGAGUGGGCUGCUGGGCUCAUUCAGCGACAAAAUUUCAACUGAUUCAGAUUCAAAGGACUCAAAAGAUUCGGAUCUUUUUAGUGAUUCACUCAAAUGACUAUGAAUCUUCUAAGUGAAUCGAAAUUCCCAUCACUACUGACCACUAAAGGAAUGAUGUCGUCUUUUUUCUUCUCCAAAGACCAAACCAUUUUGGCAUAGGGGUGAUAGGGGGUUAUUGGCCGUUUUUUCAAGGGCAAUGAAGGCAAACAAUCUAGGAGUCAUUAAUUGAAUGCAAAUAAAGCACUUUUCUUCUCUAAAUCAACACAUUUUGAAGUAUACAUACAAUAAUUAAUCCCAACUUCAUGGGGGUCCAGUUAUGGGCCCCCCCCCAUUCAAGGGCCAGUCCAGGGCCCGGGACAACGUACCCGUUUGUCCCCCCCUGUCGGCGGGCCUGAUUGCAGUUAUACCCAACCGAUAUUUCCGAAAAAUAAACACAGAAGUGAAAGAUCUGUCACAAGACGAUUGAUGCGUAUCCGUACACAUUUUUAAGUGGGUAUACGCAAAUCCUGGUGCGUUCCUAGUGGGUAUACGGCGUAUACCUGCGUGUCACGUAGACUACACAACUGCAUUCAACGCUGUCAGCAGGAUUUGAACCUGCGCGGUUAAUACCCAUUGGAUUUCAAAUCCAACCCCUUAACCGCUCGGCCAUCACAGCUCAUUUGAAAAGAACCCAGAUGGCAUUUUAUUCAAAAAGAGUCCCAAGGGACCUGGGAUAGAUUAAAGUGGCCCUUGUUACACAUUGAAACAUCUGUUUCCAGCUUCAAACUUCAUUUUUUUUUGUCUGAUUUACAAGACAAAUUUUUCAUAACUGGAUUAGUUUCUAAUAAGAUGCCCCUGGUAGCAUUUGAACCGGCCCGGAUCGAAACCGUUGGAUUUUGAAUGUAAAUUUAUCAGCCCUCUCUCAUCAUAAGACCUUUAUGAAUGAAACAAAGGGAACAUCUGUUGGUCAAGUUGGAUUGGCCUUUAAGAAUCACUAGGGCUUGUCGAUUGGUUGAUCUAGUCAAAAAUCUCAGCAGACAGGUAUAUGUGAAGUAUUUGAGCUUUCGCUAUUCCCACUUUUUUGAGUCUAAUGCCUUAAACACUGCUUCAUAACAGAUUCAUAUUUUUGGUGUAAACCCGGAUUUUAUUGGCAAAGUUUCCCAAUUACAUGCAGUGAACAAAGACGGUCCGGUAACCCUUCCUUUUACAGUCCCCUAAUUACUAGGUAUUUACCCGGUACACAGCAAAUACAUGAGUGUUAAAAUGUUAGGGACGGUGUUGAAUAUAGAGUGUUGGUGUUAUUUUAACACCACGCAGGUAUGAAAUAGCACUGCUAGUGUUGCCUGUGACUUAUUUGCCUUGUCAAAUCAGAGUGUUAAGCUUUUUUGGUGUUAAGGCAGAUCUAAGCCACGCCCUCACGUAACGGUUGUCCAGGACGUGAUGAAGACGAAAAAACUUUCUCCUGCGCCAUUUUCUUUCACAAGGGGAAUACUCAAGACGGUAGAAGGUAAGUGCUUAAUUUGACUGUCUGGGGGUAUUAAAGACUUAGUCAUACACCUGUUAUUUUAUCAUAAUUCAUAUUUGCUUCAUAACUUGUGCUUAUUUAAGUUGUAAUUGUCUAUUUUGUAUUGUAACGUUAGGUAAUAGCUAGGUUAUAGCAAAGCUUUUAGCAUGACUCAAUACUCUCAGGUUAGACUAUAACGUUAACGUUCGUAAAAAGUUUACUCCCUGAUAAUAAACCUACUGUGUAAGCGGGAAUAUAUCGUUGGACUUGUUAAAAAGCGAAGUUAUUAGGCUGUACCAGAGAUGGAAAUUAACUUUUUUGCCCACCAGCCACUGUGGCAGGUAGAUUUAAAAAUCUACCAGCCACUCAUCUUUUUUACCAGCCACUUUUUAUACGCUAUAUAUUUUUUUUAAUAUAUGCGUACAUUUUAAACAAUAUAAUAGUAACAAUAGAUAAGAAAAGUGUUUUUCAUACACAUCAGUUGGUGUUACGAUGACAAGUUUGGGGAUAAUUCAUCUAUACAAAGUAUUUUCAUUAAAAAACAAAGUGACAUAUUAAUAAUAAAACAACAUGCAUGGCUACACCAUCAUAAGUCAAUAGGAACAUUUGUUUUUUUGUAUUUACAUGUGACUGCAUACAAAUUUGUCCACACAGACGUGGUAACUAACGUAUGAUAGUAAGCAUUAUAUGCCCUUAACACUAAUAUUCAGAAGAAAAUAUGCGUGGCAUUCAGUCCAAUGCUGAAAAUAUAUCUGUGGCAUUCAGUAGGCCAAUGCUGUGGUAAAGUGUGUAAAGUAUGACCAAGUGUUUCUUUCUGUUCAAUAGAUAGAACUUUAUCAAUCCCCUGUAGGAGAAAUUUGUUAAUGUUUGUCCCUAUAAAACAAUAAUGGUAAAAUAAUAAAUACAAAACACGACGGUAACUGAGUGGGUCAAACCGUCCAAUCUGAAGGCUCUACUUAACCACUCCCCCUACUCACUUCCACCAAUGCGAAGCGAACAGAACUGAGUAGGGGAGGGCGUAGCCUAACUAGUUUGUGAACGACCCAGAGAAACGCAACUCAAAUUCAAUGUGAACAUACAUGAGGCUUUAAUAAAAUCCCGGACGAUUUUGAAAUUCCGACACACAUUUUUUAAAAGUGUGUCAAAAAGAGGGCAUGUCCGGGCAAAAGAGGACGUCUGGUUACCCUACCGUGUGGCGUGUGAGCGUGUGCAUGGGUUGAAUUGCGUGUCUCACGCCGAACGCGUGAGACUUGAGAGCCCUGUUACCGAUAUUAUCCCGGAUAUUGACAGUCGCAGUUCAGCAAAAGAGGCGUAGAGGAAGAAGGGGCCCGGAUGUUGACAGUAAUGGUUGUGGAACUGUGCAGCGCCGUAUAACGAAUGUAGGCUAUUAGAUAUGCAAAUUUGAUCGGACCUGACUGGAAAGUAUUACCCGCCACAGUGGCGGGUGAAGUGACACAAUUCACCCGCCACCAUACAAAUCCACCCGCAAAUGGCGUGUGGCGGGUGUUCAUUUCCAUCCCUGGGCUGUACUAGUUGCUAGCAAUGUGCAGUGUUCGGCGGGAGUAAGUUAGCACGUGACGUUAUUGCUAGCAAGCUGGCUGACGUUAAGUGAACUAUAACGUAGCUCUAGCCACUGAGAGAUGGUGAAAACAUGUAUGCUAGCCAUCAGUGACAGGAUUGGUCCGACUUAUGACAUGACCUUCUAACCAUGUCCAUAAUUGUCUACAAAAAUACAUUGCAACAUGGAAAAGCAUUACUGGUAGAAAAACGUUGCGAACGCAGCAUUAAGAACUACAGUUCCCAUCAACGUUAGCGGUUUCGCGCUAUUUCAGGACCUACGAAGGGCCCGCGGAAGAAGCGGAACCACUGAAUUCAUCAAGUUCAGCAAGUAAUAUACCAACAACGAAAGAAGAUAAAGGAAGAAUGUAAUGGCAUUCUGAGAUUGUAGAGAGAGAAGGAAUGGCAGUAUGUAUUUGAGUAGUAUGUAGUUGAGGGAUUUGCUGAAAUAGGCUAUGCAAAAUGUGCAGGGGAACGGGGGAAAAAAUGAACGUUAGCCUCCCGUUUUCUCCCAUACAAAAUGUUGCUACGGACAACUCGACUUGCAUGCAUGCAUGCUAAUUUUCACCGAAUACAAUCUAAAGUACAAAACAAAAAUUUGCCCACUGACCAUCAGUCAGAUAUUUAAAAUAAAUAUAAAUAUAUUUGAUUAGGCUAUGCUGGGUUUCGUGGAAGUGAAAAUGGGCAGUUUUAAUAAUGGGCAGUAUGGAGUCAGAUCAGGUCACCAUGGACAUAUUUGGAUUUGCCAAAUUUUGCAGGACACUUGAUAUACAGGCUAAUUGCAAAUAUGACAUGUCUGGAUGUUUAACUGUUGGCCUGAGAUUUGUGUUGCAUCAUAUUUUAUUUUUUAAAAAAGAAAUGCUGGUUCAAGUGGAGUGCAAGGGUGUCCUGAAAUGGGUUCGAAUACCAAUGAAGGAUGACCGCUAUGAUUACUUUCAGUUCAUUCAAGAAGGUAAGUAAAAGGUUAACUCGACAAUUUUUACAUCACACCUAAUAUUGCAUUAUGAGUCAGUUCUUGAUUAUUAACAGUAAAUUGUAUAAACUUUGUUUUACAUAUCUAAAACAGAACUGUACCGACAGUUUAUCGGAAGUUAUUUCAUCAUGUCAUAGGUUAAAACUUAAUGGCAUUUGGUUGUGGUGCUGUUGCCAAACAGCUUUUAAGUGCAUUAUCGUCACCUUCACGCUGUAGUGCAUUGGUAAUCCAAUGGUAGUCCAAUGAGAUAAAAAGCCAUUUCUGUGUAUUGGCCGCACUGCACCCAAGUAUUAGUUGCAGGGAUGCAGGAAUUUUACAAAAUUACUAUAUCAACUGUGGUUAAUAGUUGGGAAAUAACAGUAAGUGUUUUGGAUCUCAGUUUCAGCUAAAUUCAACCUGCCAAAUGAAUCUGAUGUGGACCUGAAGGACUCCUCAGGAGUUGAUGAAGAUGCUGACAUUUUUGAUGAGUUAGUGAGAUCUGCUGCAGUAUCUUUCAAGGUGUUCACUGAGGACUCUGCUGAGAAAGAGGUCUCUGAGGCCUCCUUCUGCUCAGAAGAGGGAUCAUUCUCACCCAUUGAGUCUGUGAGGUCAUUCUCAUCAGUUGAGUCUGUGAGUUUAGGCUCCACUGUUAUUACAGAAUGCACCAAAGCACGGAGAAGGCAACUGGUAGAAGGACCACCUGACAGUAAGGCAGCAAAAGAUAUGGUCUAUGUAGCUCUACAUCAAAAAACCGGGGGUGAAGACAUAUUCAAAGAGUACAACGCAACCAAAGGCCUUUCUGAUCAAACAAGAAGGAAACUCGUCAACAUCCUGGUGGCAGAUAUGGUCGAGAGUCAUGGGAGGGUCCCACCAAUCAAUGUCCGCGUGACCUAUGCCCUAGGAAUAGUCACCCUUUUCCCCAAUUUGAAGGAUAAGGCUUCACCAACUGGUUAUGAACAUUACUACAAUCCUCACAGUGGCCAAGGUUACCUGGCCUACAGAUUGAAAACGGUUCAGCGCAAUACCACAAGUGACUUAAAGAGGAGCCCCAAGUCUGCGGAUCAACAUGGCCCUAAGACCCUGCGUGAGACAUCAACAUCUGAGCAGCUGUCAGGUGAUGAAUGCAGAGAAGCGAUGUCCGUGAUGAAGCAUUCAGCAGACCAACCAGUUGUUAAGGAGAAAAUGAAGGCAACCUUCAAGCACCGUCAGAGUAUGCUACACGAUCCAGACCAGUCUUCAGUUAUCCUAGAUCACUUUCACCCGAUUCUUGGAUACACCAGGCUUGAUUAACCAAGACUUCACAAUGCUAUUUGGAGAAGAUGUCUCGGGCAAGUUUAUUGCAAAAUGGCCAACGUUCUACAAACCUAGGAUUAUCGCUGUCUGCAAAGGCCUUCGCCCUGGUACUCAUGUGGAUGACCUUCUGUCCGCUCAAGAGGAAUCGAAUGAUUAUGGAUGGGACAGUGACUUGGCAGCUAUCCUCCUGCUCGUUCAUCUCUUGCCUCCAACCGCAAAAGGAAAAAGACAUGGGAACAUCAGUGCCACUGAAGCUGCUGACCAUGUGGUCAAGUUCAUGAAGGUGGGGACGAGCAUGGUGACAUUCCUGGACAGAUGUGGAUCAGCACAGCCCUUCCUCCUCUGUGUUGGAGAAAAGAAGAGUAGUAUCCAAAAGUUUUACGUCAUCCUCGAUCAGAAGGCCAUUCCCUGCGUGGCGCAGACAGCUGUGGCUGCCUUCGAUGAACUGUUUAAGGCCCACUUCGUCUUUGCUGUAUCCUUUGAUGAGGCCUUGUGCAACUUCUACACCUUCAUUCAGACUACCGUGUAUGGGAUUGACGUCGGCACUACAAAAGAGAGUGCACGGGUCAAGGAAAUCCGGGCAAAAGUUGAUCAUAUUGAGGUUUGAAAAUGUUCACCUACAUUUGCAAGGUACAGCACAAAAGUUGCUCCGUUUUUUUUCAACAUUUGAAGUUUGGUCAUGCGUUGUACCCAGGACGUACAUUGCGUUUGAAAUGUGGAGAGAAUGGGUGUUCUUCUGUUUUUUACACAUAUUGUGGAUUCAAGAAACAUUUAUUGAGAGUACAUGGAGACUGUGUAGCUUCAAAUUCUAUUGUUCCUUUGGACAAUGUUCGCAGUAAUGUUUGUGUUCCUGAUCCACUGCCAAGUGAAGUUUCUCUCGUAAGCUACUCAGCUCCUCUUGAAAAAAGACAGUUACUGGAUAUGUGUAGCUCUAUUGUGGCUCAAGUAAAAGCAUCUGGAGUCUCUGAAAGUACUAUGCAGUCUUUAGUUGGUUCAAUGGAGGAAUUUGUAAAUGACGUCCAUGUCCAAGCACAGGACACUGUUCUUAAAUGUCUUUCAUCUGAGGUAACUGAACAAACUCUAAAUAAAGUUAAAGACUGUUUUGAGCAGCUCGAAAAUCCAUUUUCAUCCCUCAAUACUGAAACUAAGAGGCAAAGACAUUUUGAGAAAAAAUGGAAAAUUGUGGAACCAGUUGAGCAUGUUCUUGGUGUGCGUUAUGAUCUACGCAAGGAUAGAACUACUGGUGUAUACAGUCAAAUUCCUGUUAAUGACAAAUUUGUUUAUGUGCCUAUUUUGGGAACUCUUGAGUCGAUGUUUACUAAUCGGGAACUCAGCAACUGUUUCCAGCAAGUGAAGCUUCAUGAAGAUGGCAUUUUCAAAGACAUUAAUGAUGGUUCAUAUUUCAGAAAUCAUCCAUUAUUUUCACAGCAAGAACAUGCUCUUCAAAUUCAGCUUUAUUAUGAUGAUUUUGAAACGGCCAAUCCGCUAGGCUCUAAAAAGGGAAUUCACAAACUUGGCUGUGUUUACUUUAUUUUAAGGAAUUUGCCAAUGAAGCUGAAUUCAGUUUUGAUGAACAUUCAUCUUGUGGCGCUUUUUCAUUCAGAGGACUUAAAGAAAUAUGGUUUUGAUCCAAUCCUACAGCCUCUUGUUCAUGACUUAAAAGUUUUGGAGACGGAGGGAAUCCAGGUACCCUUUUCAGAUACACCAUUAAAUGGGUCUGUUAUUCAGGUUACUGGGGAUAAUUUAGCUAUACAUGGACUUUUUGGUAUGGUUGAAUCGUUCAGUGCAACUUACUGUUUUCGAUUUUGUUUAACUGACAAGACACGUUUGCAGUCAGUCUUUAGUGAGGAUGACCCAGACUUAAUUCUUCGCACAAAGGAGCUCUACUCAGAACACUGCAAUGCCAUGGCACAAAAUCCCACUCUAGUUCACUCAUUUGGUGUUAAGAGAACCUGUCCCCUAAAUGCACUGCAAUUUUUUCAUUCCUCAGACAAUUAUGCAGUGGAUAUUAUGCACAACCUACUAGAAGGUGUUGUACAGUACGAGUUAAAGCUUCUUUUUCAGUGAAGGACUUGGUGAAGGACUACAUUUCUUUAAAUGCCCUCUCUCAAAGGAUUCAGAGCUUUAACUAUGGAUACAGUGAGAGAAAGAACAGACCCAGUGGAGUCAAAGUUAAUGAUGAUAGCAAUGACCUCGGGCUCAAUGCCAUCCAGUCUUGGUGCCUCCUGCGAAAUACUCCCUUGAUUUUCGGAGACCUAGUUGACCAGAACAACAGUUAUUGGAAUGUGAUUAUGCUUUUGAUUCAGAUUGUCAACAUUGUAUUCUCACCAGUUAUAACAGAUGGUAUGACUUAUUAUUUGAAGCACCUAAUUUCUGACCAUCACAAACUUUUCAAGUUAGUGUUUACAGAUAAGAGGCUCAUCCCAAAGCAUCAUCUGAUGAUACACUACCCCAGAUGUAUUAGGAAAGUAGGUCCACUUAUACACGUGUGGUGCAUGCGAUUCGAAGGCAAGCACAACUUCUUCAAAAGGUCGGUGAAGAGUUUUAAAAACUUAACCAAAACAUUAGUCAAGAAACAUCAGCAUCAGUUGGCUUUUCAUUGGGAGAAUUUUUAUUUCAAAAGAUUACAGUUUGGUCCUGUUAAACAUGUCUCAACUAGCAAUCUGGAGGGCAGUGUGGUCUUGAGGUCUUGUCAAACUUUGAAUGUGUCUCCACUACUUCCUGGGUUAAAGUCCAUGGAACAGAGUACCAGAUUGGAAUGUUUGUCUGUACAAGUGUUAAAAAUGAAAUGCCUACUUUUAAUAAGAUUAUCAAUAUCAUUAUCAAAGAUGAUGAAGUGUUUCUUUUG